UGGAAACUUGUUAAUCCCUGAUUUCCUACCUAAGGAGGUCUGGGCAAGCUCCCCCACUGAUGUGGGACUAUUUGAAUCAGCUAUUCCAGUUUCUAUUGCUAUCAAAGGAGGGAAACCCCCAACAGUACCUCAGUAUCCUCUUUCUAAAGAGGCAAUCAUUGGAAUUACAUCCAUAAUUGACUUUUAUUAAACAAGGAAUCUGAUCACCCCUCCCCCAUACAACUUGUAGGUCAGAAGCAAAUACCCCUAUUCUUCCAGUAAAACAACCUGGUCCAGAUGGUAAACCCAUCUAUCAUUUUGUCCUGGAUCUUAGAGCAAUUAACUCUUAUUAAUUUAGACUAUUUUUCCAGGGUAACAUGAUUCAUGUUCUUUCCUUCUCCUCCUCCCAAUCCCCUCCAAUAGCCAAAGAGCAAUUCCACUGGAUUUUACAUGUGUCAUUGAUCAAGAUCUGUUUCCAUAUUAUUAAUAUUUGCACUAGGGUGAUCGUUUAGAGUCUGCAUUCCCAAUCAUAUCCCCAUCAACCCAUGUGAUCAAGCAGUUGUUUUUCUUCUGUAUUUCUACUCCCACAGUUCUUUCUCUGGAUUCUACCAUCAUUUUUAAAAGAUAUACUUUGAUCUAAUAUGGAGAUGACUUUCUCCUAACCUCUCCUAACCAAGAAGUCUGCUAUCAAGACUGCUGCCAUUUGGUUUGGUAACUUGCUAAGUGUGGACACAAGAUAUCCAAAGCAAAGCUACGGUGGUAUAAAACACAGGCGAAAUACUUGGUUUUCAUUUUGUUGCCAGGAAAAAGAUCUAUUUCUCCUAAGAGGAUACAAGCAUUGUAGAACUUGUCUAUGCCCAAGACUAAAAAACAGGUAAAUGCUCUAUUAGGAGCAGCUGGAUCCUGGAUUCCAUCUUUUGGGGAAACUGUGAAGCCUCUUACUGAACUUACAAAAAACUCAGUCACUGAACCUUUAGAAAUGAAACCAGAACAGUUGGUUUCUUUAAGGGAACUUGUUCUCAUGACCACUCCUACCCUAGGGUUGCCUUAAGUGUUUCUAAGUCUUUCACUCUCUACUUACAUGAAAAGAAAAGAGUAGUCUUUGGGGCGUUGACUCAGACUUUUGUAUUUUGACACCUUCCAGUGGUUUAUUUCUUGGCCCGGUUAGAUCCAAUAGUCUCUGCAGUCACCCCCUGUUUGACAGUUGUAGCAGUGGCAGCCUUGCUGAUUAAGAAGUCAGCCAAUCUGAUACUAAGAAACCCCCUCACAGUGCAAUGCUCUACUGAAGUUGAGGUUUUACUGUUAUGCCACCGAACACAGGCAUUUUCAGAUAAAAGACUUGCUCAGUAUGAAGUGACUCUAUUAGGAAAUGAGAACAUCACUAUCAAAAGAUGUCACACCUGGAGGUGGAGCUAAGAUGACUACAGAGUAGCAGGAACUGUCAAACUCUCACAACUGAUCACUACAAAGCGUCUCAAAAGGACAAAAAUCAAAGUCAGACAAGUGAAGGGACUCUGCCAUAGGGCGCAGCCUUGAAGGUCGGCAAUGUUUGGGCAUUUCCAUGCUAUAGGAGGGUAAAAUUACACCUACCAAAGCAUGAGCUGAUCACCCCUCCCCAAUACCACCUACUGCACCAGAGUCAGAGCAAGGGCUGGAGAAAUCCCUAAAUUCUUGGGGUUGUCUGAGGGUACCACAGACAUACCACCAAGAGCAGUGUAAGGCAGCAAGUCUUGGGACCUGAGACUGAAGAGCACAGAGCCUGGGUGUGGAGAUAGGGCAGAAAUGGAUUGGCCACAACAGACCCAACAGAGACUGGAAAGAUAACCUCAGGGCAAAACAGUUUAAAGCUCCCUACACAAAGAGCUGCCUGCCCUCUUCAAUCAGACUUCAGGCUAGGAAGGAAAAAUAAUAGAGAGUCAAAAAACAAAGACAGCAAUGGCCACCAACACUCAGGAACCACAAUCCACAUGUACCAAAAGAAAUAAGCUGCAGGAGAAAAAGCCAUUGACUUUGGAUAAUUUCUAUGAAAAAGAGCAAAAUACAGAAGCAAUAGCAGAGAGUGACAAACAAGAAAACACAUCCAAACUUUCCCAAAAGAAUGGAAAUUGGUCACAAUCUCUCAAGGAACUCAAAAAGGAGUUCAAGAAUCACAUAAGAAAGCUAGAAGAAAAAUGGGAAGAAAAGUGGGAAAGAGAAAUUAAAGUAAUACAAAAGUAAAAUAACAGACAAAAUUUCCCACAUGGAAAAAGAGAGACAGAAAUGAAAUGAAGUAAUAAGCAAAUUGGAGACCAGAAUCGACCUGCUGGAAGCCAUGAAAAGCAGGAUAGACCAAAUCAAAAAGGAAAAUCAAAAGAUCAUAGCUGAAAACCAAUCUUUAAAGACUAGAAUUGGGCAAGUAGAAGCUAAUGAUCUCAUGAGACAGCAAGAAUUAAUGAAGCAAAGUCAAAAGAAUGACAAAAUAGAAAGAAACAUGAAUUAGCUCAUUGAAAAGACAACUGACCUAGAAAACAGAUCUAGGAGAGACAAUUUGAGAAUUGUUGGUCUACCUGAAAACCUGAAAAAAAAAAUAGAAGUCUUGACAUCAUAUUACAAGAAAUUGUCCAAGAAACCUGCCUGGAUAUUCUUGAACAAGAGGGAAAAAUAGACUUUGAAAGAGUCUAUAGAUCACCCUCUACAUUAAAUCCUCAAAAGACAACCCCUGGGAAUGUAAUUGCCAAAUUCAAGGGCUUCCAAACCAAGGAGAAAAUAUUGCAAGUAGCCAAAAAGAGACAAUUCAGAUAUCAAGGAGCCCUGCUCAGAAUUACUCAGGAUUUGGUAGCCUUCACUCUAAAGGGCUACAAGGCUUGGAAUAUGGUAUUCAGGAAGGCAAGAGAAUUGGGUCUACAACCAAAAGAUGUAACACCUUAAAUCCUUCCCCUCUGCCACCUGAUCUUCCUUUAUCAAGGGAGCCCUGACAUGACUGUGAAACUGUGAUUGAAAUGUUGGAACAACCAUGCCAAGAUCUUUUAGUCUCCCCCCACAAAAGUCCUGAAUGAACCCUAUAUACUGAUGUCUCUUCCUUUGUAGACAAAGGGAAAAGUUUUACAGGCACAGCUGUGGUUACUAAUUAUGAUAUUUUGUGGUCAGCCUCCCUCCCAUUGAACCUCAGCACUCAGACAGCAGAACUUUUGGUCUUAACCCUGUUAUUUAUCUAGAGGAAAAACUAUUAUCUAUUCAGAUUCCUGGUAUGCUCUGGGAAUGUGUCACACCAUGGAAAUGCUGUGGGUACAGCAUGGGCUCCACAUCAUCAGGAAAAAAACAGGUAGUACAAUCUAAUUUGAUUAAAGACUUACUUGAAGCCAUUCAGCUACCCAAAAGGGAAUUGAUCCUGUAUCCAAAGGAAGUGAAUGAGCUGAUUUAGAUUCAGAGACCACAGCUAAAGAAGGCUCUGUUUAUACAAAGCCACCCCAUGCUACAGAAGAAAAUGAGAUAAAUAAAAAUCCUAUCACAGAGACUGAUAAGAAUCAAUGGCCAAACAUCACCUAUGAAGACAUAGAAGUUGAAUAUUUGAGUCCUUACAAAUUGAUUUUAUAAAUCUGCCCAAAGUCGGACACCUAAAAUAUUGUUUGGUUAUCAUUGACCAAUUAACAAGGUGGGAUGAAGCUUUCCCUGCUUCAAAAGGCUGAUGCAGCCUUUGUAAUAAAGAUUCUUAUUCAGGAAAUUGUUCUCAAAUAUGACCCCUCAGCUAAAGUUGAUUCUGAUAGGAACUCUCAUUUCAUGGAUACAGCCCUUUCUAGAGUUUAUGCUAAUUUAGGAAUCAUGCCAAGAUUCCAUGCUUGUUACAACCCAGAAUCUUCAGGCCAGGUGGAAGGUAUGAACAAAGAGAUUAAGCUCUGACUGGAAAACUGUGUCAGGAAACACAUUUAGAAUUGCCUAAUAUACUGUGUGAAGGGAUCCUUCCUCCCAGGAUCACGUACCGGGGUCCUACCAGCGCUACGUCAGUGCGCUCUGGUGUAGGUCACAGGACUGUGGCCUAUGUAUUUGAUCCCGAGAUGAUUGAGUUUGACCCAGAAGGGAGAGGGAGGUGAAAAGGUUUGAGACAAGGAAGUACACUCUCUCUAUUCUACUCAGGUGCUCAGUGAAAAGGAGGGUGGCUGAGAGAGAGCCAUGCCCAUGUGGUUAUUUGAGAAUAGGCUUCUAUAUCUCUCUAUCUGUCUGCCUUCUCUUACUCAAGUAAAUAUUAAUAAACUCUAUGGAAAUUAAGAGCUGGAGUUUUAAUUUAGCUUUAACAAUACUACCAAUAGCUCUUUUUUCCUUAAGGAGCCGGCCUUGAGGAGAUUAUCAUGUCUCCCCUUAUGAAAUGCUUUUUGGCCAUCCUUCUUUGAAAGCUAAACCUUUUGUGCCAGUAUAUACGUCUUUGUGAGGGGGAGAUUUUAUUAUUGCUAAAUAUAUCAGAGAAUUGCAACACAGAUUAAAAGAAUUACAUGCUGUUGGAGCAAUAGUUCAGUCUGGCCCUAUAGAUUUUUCUCUGCACAGCUUUCAGCCUGGUGAUUAUGUCUAUAUAAAAAAUUUUCAGCGUUCCAGCGUACUUCAGCCUGUUUGGCAGUGACCUUUUCAGGUUCUUCUAACCACUCCUACAGCGGUCGUGUUUGAAAAAAGGAAUCAUGGAUGUGGAGGAAUCCACAGAACCGCCCACAGAACCACCCACAGAACCACCCACAGAACCACCCACAGAACCACCCACAGAACCACCCACAGAACCACCCACAGAACCGCCCACAGAACCGCCCACAGAACAGCCCACAGAACAGCCCACAGAACCACCCACAGAACCGCCCACAGAACCGCCCACAGAACAGCCCACAGAACCACCCACAGAACCGCCCACAGAACCGCCCACAGAACAGCCCACAGAACAGCCCACAUCGCCCAUAGCACCCUCCACAUCACAGGAUGUCAUAUCGUCCUCCACAACACAGCUCACAGAACAAACCAGCUCCUUCAACAGGUUACUAAUUACUUCCCACGAGUCUUCUUUCCUCUCUGCCUUCUCUCAACUGGAACUCUCUGAACAGGAUAUAAGUUUGAAGAAGAGAAAAGAAGCUAAAGGCCGGAAAUACGAGGAAUUCAAGAAAGCAGAGGAUGGAACUAUCUUGUACAUCAGAGGUGCGGAUGCAAGACAGGAAACACGUUCCAGAAGAAGGGGGCGGUAUCGACGACGUAGACUAUCAGAAACAAUUUCAGAAGAAUCAUCAGAAUCAUCAGAGGGAGGAAUAUUUUCUUGUCCUCCAAAAGGGAUCGUUGCUCUAACAGUAACAAAUGUUCUCAUGUUAGGACUUGGAUGGGCAGUACUUUGGUCAAUUACUGGCAAAGAAAGUCUUCCUGGUGGAAGUCUAUUUGGAGUAUUAGUCCUAUUUUAUUCUGCCAUCAUUGGGGGUGAAGUUCUGAGACAUUUCCAGCUACCUCCUCUUCUUGGGAUGCUGAUUGCUGGGUUUGCCAUUAGAAAUGCCCCAGUCGUCCAAGACAUGGUCCACAUCAAGGAAACAUGGUCCAAAAUUCUGAGAAAUAUAGCCCUUUCUAUUAUUUUGGUUCGAAGUGGGCUGGGACUUGAAUCAAAGGACCUGAAAGAGAACAUCUUUGUGUGGCCACGAUUAGCCUUGAUCCCCUGCCUUGUGGAGGCAGGUUCAUCUGCGGCUCUUGCCCAUUACUUAAUGAAUUUACCAUGGAAAUGGGGACUUAUCGUUGGUUUUGCCCUAGGUGCUGUCUCCCCAGCGGUUCUGGUGCCCACAAUGAUUGCCUUUCAAGAACAAGGCCAUGGUGUCAAAAAAGGUGUCCCAACUUUGCUCAUGGCUGCUUGUAGCUUUGAGGAUAUUAUAGCCCUCACUGGCCUCAAUAUAUGUUUAGGCAUAGCCUUCCCUACAGAUCUCCCACUUAAUAUUGUCCUCAAAGCAUCUCUGGAAGUGGUAGUUGGUGUGGCAGCUGGACUUUUUAUUGGCGUUUUUACUCGAUAUUUUCCCAACAGGAGACAGGACGAUGUUGAGGAGAUCAUUGCAGUCGCAUGGAAUAUUUUUGAACCCCUUCUUUUUGGACUGAUUGGAGCAGCAGUACCUAUUCAAUAUCUUAAACCAAAAUCUAUUGAAUUUUGUUUGGCCACCGUGGGCUCUGCUAUGUUGAUAAGGAUGGUUACCACAUUCUUCGUGAUGCUCUUUGCUGGUUUUGACUUCAAGGAAAAAGUAUUCAUUUGUUUUGCCUGGAUUCCUAAAGCCACAGUCCAGGCUGCCAUAGGACCUGUGGCUUUGGACACAGCAAGAGUACAUGAUGAUGAAAGGCUGGAAGAAUAUGGAGUGAUUAUACUAACAAUUGCAUUCUUGGCGAUUCUGAUCACAGCUCCAAUUGGAAGUCUGCUCAUUAACCUACUGGGCCCCAGAAUGCUGGAGGAACCUGAAGAGAUUGACAAUAAAGCUGCAGAUGCAAUAUUAAUAUAGAGAUGAAAGGAAA